CUCGUGAACGUGUAAUAACAACUACAACAUUCUUCGCCACAAAAUAAAAACAAUUUGUUGCCAGUUGUUUACUGAAACCAGCAAGACAUUUGACCCCAAUAGACUGCUAAAAAUCGAAUCAAGAAUUCUACUCGACUAUAUCAUGACAAAAGAUAAUUUGGAUAGCUGGACGGAUAAACAUUUCAUUUCCCGUAUGUUUGAAGGAACAGUCGCCAGAGAAUCGGAAACGGAAAAGACUGCAGUUCAAAGAUUGUUUAUUUAGUGAAGAUUUCAAACGAGUACACAAGUUUUCUUAUUAAACAACAUUAACACGGUGCCAAAGAAAUUAAAGCGGAAAUUUCAUUACGGUUUCAGUUGGCUUAAGUCUUCCUAAAAUGACUUGGAUUUAAAUUGGGUUUAUGUCAACCGUUUUUAUCAAAUCUAAGUAAACAUCGAAGUAGCCAACGGGCCUAAUUUUCACCUACCGAAUAAUCCCACCAUUUCAAGCAAACUACUCGUUAAAAUGUUCAACGCAAGGCUUUAUAAAAUAGCGGCCAUGUUCCUUGACUAGUUUAAAAUUCCCUGGUUGUAAAUAUUAUAAUUUACUCUAACUAGUUGGUUAUAAAUAAAGACUGCGAUUUUAACCCUAGCGGGCAAAUAAUUCUGCUAUUUUAUGUAGAACCGGCUGAUAACCACCAUAAACUCGUCUUUUAUAUCUGGCAAAUGUCGUGUUUUACUUCAAAGUCUUGUAUGCCAUUGUCGGUCUAUUUGCACUUACCAUAAUGGUAAAACUUUUGGCAUCCUUGAAAACAGUUGGCCAAAAAAGUUGUACUCCAUUAUGCAUGUGACUCCUUUAACUCCUUAUAUUUACCAAAUUAGCCUUUAUGCACAUUAAAACCAUCCUCAAAACAGUUCCGGUAACUUUACUUACCGUUAAGUUCGAAGUCAAGUGAAAUUACCAGAAGUUGUUAGGAGAACGAGCGUCAUCCAUAAAAAGAAAAAGGCUAUACGCGCUUAAUUCGUUUUUAUUCUAAUAUUUACACACAUUUUAAGUUAUUUUUUACGGCCUAGUUUAUCGCGUUUUGCUUUUGAGCGUUUUGCUUUUAUUUUAUUUCCGCUCGGGCGCAAAAUUGGUCCACUUUUCAUCUCAAUUUUGCCCAAAUUUGUUUCCGAAAAGGUCCUUCCUUAUUGGUUGAAUUUUCGUUAUACUUUUUUCACCUAAGUCCCCUCGAUGAUUUAUAUUUCUUCUUUAUAAAAAAGGGUGUUUGUGCUGCCUUGCAUUAUUUAUUUUCAGCAUAUAUAAACAACAGAGAUAAAAAUUGUACCACAUUGAAGACAACCAAAAUUUGGAACAAAUUGCAUUAAAACCCACGCAUGUUGGUUUUAACAACUGGAGGAGAAAAAUUUAAAAAGUACCCCUUCUAUCUUGAUUACUUUCGCUCACUUCUAUUAAAAAUUCAUGUGAUUGUAUUUUUUCGGUCAACAAUUCUCCGUGGAAAAAAACAAGCCGUGUUAUAGUUCAUAAAUAAAUUAAAUUCAUUCAGAAUCUUUUGAACUCCCUGGAUUCACCCUUUCUCCGCUGUUUCCAUAUUUGACUUAAUGCUAACCCUCAAUAAGAAAACAGUCUCAGAAGUCCUAAAUAAGAUUGAGACCCAACCUUGUACUGAUUUCUACAGAGAGAUAGUUACAAUUUACAACAUUUUAAGUCUUUCCCCUGUCAGAAUUUUUUAUACCUGAAUAUUAAAUUGUACACCAAUGUCAGAGUUUAUCGGAACAUGUUCUUCGAAUUGUUAUUCCUUCCACUAUUUUUUCACAUGACCGAUUCUUUUCCUUUUCGAUCAACAUAAAUUGUCCUUCACUGAAAAACUUUUCAAUAUCUGUAUUUUUUUUAUAAUUUGCUUUGAAAAUUACAAUGCGAUAUCUGUGGAGUUUAAUUGAAAUUUUAUCGUUUUAUUGGGUUUUGUUUUUCCCAAUUACAAUUCGUGCUUCGUUCGACAUGGGAGAUUCGUUCGAAAACGAAGACUCGAGUCUCGGCGCUGAUAUUCUCUUCAGCACGAAAUCCUUUCUCCGCAAGAAAAACACCCUGCCGCCGCCGAGACCAGUAAUCGAAAAAAUUGGUUCACAAAACGACACCGAAACGAAAGAUCCGACUUCCGACUCAGAACAAAUUUCGUAUCCAAUCAAAAUCUGGAUCGAACUACACGUUGAAAGUAUACGAGACAUCGCUGGCGACGCGACAAUGGACUUAUACAUGAUCGAACAAUGGAAUGAUUGGAGGGAAGCUGGAAAAGAAAACAAAACGAUAAAAAUGUCGGGAAAAGGUACCGUUAACUUUUGUUGGAUUCCGGACACCUAUUUCAUUCUGGCACGAUCCAUUUAUUACAGUCCUUCGUCUCAGAGUCUGUCGGUCACUUCGAGCGGUGAAGUUUAUUUAGAUCGGAAGAUUCGACUCGUUACGCCCUGCACGCCUCAAGUGUGGUACUUCCCUUUUGACGUCACAACUUGUAAAAUUCUAAUUUCAAGCUACGGCUAUACGGAAGAUGAAAUGGACCUGUUUUGGGUACAAACAGCGGAGGGGGGCAUUGAUUUCCCCUUUGAAUACGAACCCUUGUCCGAAAUGGGUUUCAAAAUGAUCAGCAUGUCGACAAGCAAAUACCCCGCCCCCUACGACUCUUCAAAUUUCACAAUUCUCGAAGGACAAAUUCAACUUAAAAGAUUGUAUUCGGUGUAUAUUUAUCAAAUAUACAUCCCUGCUGCGCUACUUGUAGUUUUAUCCUGGGUUUCGUUCUGGAUUAACAGAAACGCGACGCCGGCCCGAGCUAGCGUCGGUGUAACGACCGUACUAACUAUGUUAACUUUAGCUACCCAGAGUCAACAAAAUAUGGAAAAACACAUCACACUUGAAACCAGUUUACUGGACGUCUAUAUCUGGGUUAGUUUCAGUUUCGUUAUCACCGCAAUGCUGGAGUUUGCGGUUUCGGAUUUUUUCAACGACAAAAACGCUCGUGCUAAAAGCAAGCCUCCGAAACCAGUGAUGAAAACGCCUCAAAUGUACGAGAACCACAACAACAAUACGUUCCACAACAAGCAUAAAAGUGACCAUAAAAACGACCAUAACGCGAACCAUACAACUCUGAGUGACCGUUCUAAUAACAUUUUACCGCCACUGUCAGGCGAACUUAACAAUAUUCCGCUUCUGAGGGGAGGCGAUCUUUUAAUUCAUCAUAGUUUACAAGAGACAAGCUUCAUUUCAAUCGACAAAUUUGCCCGAAUGAUUUUUCCAGUUGUUUUCAUCGUAUUCAAUAUCAGCUACUGGGCCUAUGUGUACAUUGAGACCAGCAGUGACGAACCGAGAAAAAGCGAAAGAUGAUGAAAUAUAAACUAAAUUCAUUUAAAACUAAUCAUUUUUUCUCAGAUUUAAAUUUGUUUAUACUAUAUUUACUGUGCCAUAAAAUCAGAACAACUGAAUUAAGUGGCCCAUUCAAAUCAAACAUUUGAAAUGUGCUAAUUUUCUAAAGUUUUCCCAAUAUAUUGAACCGACGAACAACCUAUUUUGAUUUUAUUAUUUUUUCUGUUUUAGAUUAAUAGUUAUCUGUGCUAACAAGUAAAAAAAAUCAACGUUGUUCUUGUUUGCUAUAAACCUGUUUGUACUCAUAUUAUA